AUGAUUCCGGCAUCUCUAUUUUAAAGAAACAAAAAGGAUAUAAAAAAGCAAGUCUCCGAGAGUGAUGAAGAUGAAACUCCUAUGAGGAGAAAGAAUAAACUCAAUUUUUAAAAUCUCUAGUUGGUUGAUUUCAAUGAGAUAGCAGAUUAAGAAGAAUUGGAAGCAGCUAAAGAAGAAGUUUAAUCAAGUAUUUGGAAUCCAUUCUAUAAGAUCGAUUUAAAAACAAUAGCAUAAGAGAAGAAGAAGAAUCAGAUCAAAGCGAAUCAACUUCAAGAAAAAAAUCUAUUAAAUAACUCCGCUUACCUCGAUUGAGUGACAAGAGACAACUAAACACUUCAGAACAGAUGGAUUAAGUCAAAGAAAAUUAAUAAAGCUAAGAAGAACCAAUGGCUGAACCCAUGGCUGAAUUUGCCAAAACUCCUUCUCCAAAUAGAGCUUCGAGCAGAUCUCCGAAUCAGCAAAGUCAAAAACAGCCAACAGUUCAAAAUCAAGAGGGUAUUGUGGUAUUUUGAUCAUUAGACAGUAGCUCUGAAUUCGAUAUAUUUAGCCCAGAUAAAUCUAUGGAAAAGGAAUAGGCUCCAAGAAACAUUGAGUUAGAUGAAAAGUUAAGCAAACUCACUCAAGAAGCCAACGCGAUCGAAAGAAUAUUACCCAAUUGCAUCAUUAAUCCAUAUGGGAGGUUUAAAUCUACUUGGAGUGGAAUAAUGAUUCUACUUCUCGUUUAUGUGUAAUUAAUUUAUUAACUAACCAAUUAGAGUUUUAAUCUUACCAGUUCGUUUGGCGUUUGAAACAAACACUCAAGAAUUGCUGGGACUGGAUUUGACAAUAGAUUGUAUCUUUUUCUUUGAUAUGGUUUUUACAUUUUUCACAGCCUACGAAGAUGAAAGAGGUAUUGUGAUUGUUGAAUUCAAAAAAAUUGCCAUCAAUUAUUUGAAAGGUUGGUUCUGGAUUGAUCUUGUUUCAACUUUCCCUUUGUACUUGAUAUUGGAUCCCUCAGUACUCCCAGGAGCUUCGAGUGUUAAUGGACUGCUGAGACUGGCAAGAUUACCAAGGAUAUAUAAAUUGGUUGGAGUUUUGAGAGUAGGUAAUCUAAUAAAACAUCAAACAAUACAAAAAUUGUUUUUCUUCUUAAAACUAAACAAGGAAUAUAGUUUAAUUUUGAAAUUCAUAAUUUUAACCUUUAUCGUUAUACAUUUAGCUGGAUGUUUUUGGUAUUUCAUUGGCACCAUAAGUCCUGAUCCAAAUGACAAUUGGAUUGUUGUAUAUAUACCAGAUGGCACCUCAGCAGUAGAAUAAUAUAUAGCGAGUGUUUAUUUUGUAUUGACUAUUUUGGUUACCGUUGGAUAUGGUAACAUUUUGCCAGUAAACAACAUGGAAUAUGUGGUGGGAAUCAUCUUUCAAUUCCUGGGAGUAGCCUUCUUUGCUUACGUCAUGGGUACAUUGACAUUUACAUUUGCCAAACUCUCCUAAAAAUUAACCAUGAUUAAGGAACGGGAAAUAUUUUUUAAUGAACUGGCUCACACUUAUCAACUGCCCAAAGAAACACACGAAAGAUUGUUGAUGUCCAUUUAAAACUCUAUUUUUUCUCAUUCAAACUAAAUGCUAGAAUUUUAUAAUGAAGAAGACAUCAUACAAGAAUUGCCACCUUUGGUUUAAGGAUUAGUGUGUGAGUUUAUAUUUAAGGACAUUAUUGAAAAAAUUAGAUUCCUUUAAAAUAAACCAAGGGGUUUCUUAAGAAGAUUGUUUCGAUCGAUGGUUCCAGUAUUUUUAAAUAAAGGAGAUGCCAUUUUCUUUAGAGGAGAACCUGCAGAUUUUGUUUACUUUGUUAUCUAGGGUAGAUUGGCUACAAAAUGUGAGGAUCAGAAUGGAAAAAUUAGAACUCUAAUUCACGUUGAGGGAUCAUAUUUUGGAGAAGUAGAUAUCUUAGUAUCUAGAGCAAGAGGAGAAUCUGCAAUCGCAGAAUCAUAGGCAGAAGUGUGGAAGAUCAGCAAGGAAGCUUUCCUUAGGAUUCUUAAUGAUUAUGAAGAUGUGAAGAUGGAGAUUUUAGACUAUGCUGUUAAGAAGGAGAAGAGUAGGAAGAGCACAGUUAAAAUAGUGAAGAAUGCUCAGUUUUUUGAGUUGAUAGCUAAAUCAAAGAAGGAUUAGAUUUGUUUGAAUAAGGCGUAAUUAAUCUUGAAGGUCAAGGAGAAAAUGAUUAAUUCUUUGAAUGAGAUAGUAAAAAAUAAAACGGAAAAUGGAAAGGAGUUGUUUCCAAAUCUCUCUGAUUUAGAUCUCUUUUUGGAUAAAGUUAGCGAAUACAACAAAGUAUAUAUUUUAUCAAGUACGCAUUUAGAUUAAAAAGAAGUUACAAAUAACAGAUCAAGAUUUGACUUCACUUUAACAUCUAAGAAGCACAAAUUAUACGGAUCCAGAAAUCGAAGAUUCUCUAUUAAAAGGGAUGAGAGUCUAAUCUCAUCUCUAAUCAAUUUAAGAAUAUUUGUGA